AUGAUAAGUUCUGAACAAUCUAAAGAAACUAGUCGUCCAAGACAAGGAAGUGCACCUACUAUUCAAUUUAAUCAUCAAAGUCAAUCCAAUACAAGUGCAGCCAACAUCAUUCCUCAGCCAGUUUCAAUAUUAACAUCAAGAAAUAGUUCUUUAACUAGUACUAAUAAAUCAAAUAAUGGUGGGAAUAGUGGGAUAGGACCGACUUCACCUAAUGGAAGCACGACAAAUACGACUCCGAAGACAAAUAAAAUGAGCUCAUCAAGCAUUACGGAUUUACACAACUAUAAAAUGAACUGUACAAGUCCAAAUGUAACUUUACUAAACACAUCAUCGAAUGCUAAUAACAAGAGUAGUUCUACUACAAAUUUAAUGAAUAUUAAUAUUGUAAACCCUGCUUCAAAUUUAGCAGGAAAUCCUUCUACAAAUCCAUCAAGUUGGGUACCUUAUGAAUGUAAAAAUAAUGGUGGUACAGUAGUAUCUUUUACUUCCGAUGAUCCCAAGAAAAAACAGCCACAUCAUAGAUAUUCAAUUUCUUCCAAGCCAAGUAAAAAUACAACUAAUUCCUCUUCGAAUGCUACAUCGCCAAAUAAUAGCUUUACAGACCUUUCUAACUUGCCAUCAAAUAAUAAUGUCAACAUAAGUCCGAAUACCAAUUUAAGUUUAAAUUCGAUAUCAAUAUCAAGCACGACACCAGAAAUAUAUCCACAUAUAAUAGAUAAAGUUUUAAAUUCUACUAGUUCAGCAACAGCAACGACGAGUAAUUUGAGUGAUGAUUUUGAAUUGAAUAGUUGUAGUAAAGAUUUAUCAAAUAAUAAACUGGAUAUGAAUACAGUAUUUAAGGAUAAUACAUCUAUAAACGAUAAAGGCAAUAAUGACGAAGAUGAAGUUGAUAAAAAUUCUAUUGUACAUAUGCCUGGUGAUUUUGUUUAUUUUGAUAUGAAAAAAUCAACUUUAGAAGAAACUACACAAACAAAUAAAAAUAAAGUAUGUACUACAUCAGUAGUAAUACCAUCUACUACUGCUGCGACUACCACAACAACGGUAACAACCGCAAAACAGUUGCAUGGAACAAAUAUGAAUUCUAAUAAAAGAAAAGUUAUUCAACCACCGGAAUCUCAGAUUCCGUUUAUGGAAUAUUUUACCAAAGAAGAUGAUAGAAAAAUUCAUAUUUUAAUAGCUGCAUCAGGAUCUGUAGCCACAAUAAAAGUUCCCAUGAUUAUUGAUAAACUAUUUAAAAUUUAUACACCAGAAAAAGUCUCAAUUCAAUUAAUUGUUACAAAACCUGCGGAACAUUUUUUGAGAGGUCUAAAAUUAUCAACACAUGUAAAGAUUUGGAGAGAGGAAGACGAAUGGUCACAUAGUAAGAAAAUCACCGAUCCAAUAUUACAUCAUGAAUUAAGAAAAUGGGCGGAUAUAUUUGUCAUUGCACCAUUAUCAGCAAACACAUUAGCUAAAAUGGCGAACGGGAUUUGCAAUAAUCUAUUGACAUCUGUUUUCAUUGGAUGGCCAACCAGUGUGCCUAUAUUGGCAGCACCUGCAAUGAAUACGUUUAUGUAUUGUAAUCCAAUGACGAAAAAACAUCUAAGGAUUCUUGAAGAGGAUUAUACAUUUAUUACGAUAUUGAGACCUGUUGAAAAAGUUCUAGUUUGUGGUGAUAUUGGUAUGGGUGGUAUGAGAGAAUGGAAUGAAAUUGUUGAGAUUAUUCGUGGGAAAAUUUUGGAGAUUAAAAAACUACGAGAAAGUGAAGGUGAUGAGAAUAUAAUUGAUAUUCCAGAGGAUAAUGAAGAUGAUACUGCAGAUGUGGAAUGUGAUGAUGAGAAUGAAGAUGAUGAUAGUGAUGUUGUUGACGAGCCCGAUUCUGAAGAUGACGAUGAUGAGAGCGAUGAUGAUGAUGAUGAGAGCGAUAUCGAAACGCACUCUUUGAAUGUCGUGAACAUUGGUAACGACUAA